GCAGCACCUAAGGAGACUUGGCAAACUGUUAAAAGCCAUAAGACAGCAAAAGAGGGGAAUUGGAAGGGGAAAGAAGUGGUCUCUUUCCCUCAAGUGGUUGAUCAAAAUCCUAUAAAUCCUCAUGCAACAAGCAAUCUGCCAUCUAGUAGUAGCCACUCCAAACCCACUAGUGAUACUCAUGUUAAUGAUACUAACUUUGUUGAAGCUGUCCCAAUUGAUACUCAGAUCCUACAAACCAAACAACAAGUCUCUUGCCCUGAAGUGGGCAAAGAAGUCCUUGAAGUCAUGCCAGUUGAAUCCCCCAACAGAUUUGCUGAAUUGAAUAAGGAAGAAGACAGUCCUCCAAAUAACUGCAGCCCUUCCACAUGUCAAGAGGAACAGGCUUUCAAGGAUCUAACCAAACCCCAAAGUGAGAACGUUACCAUAAGGGUCCAAGCCUCUAAGAUGGAGCUUGACAAAUGUCAAAGGCUUUUACGCUCUUUUCCUAUGAAUGCAGCCCUGAGAUUUCUUGAGAAACAACUCCUCCAGGAUUAUAUUAUUGCAGCAAAAAAUGAGGAAUACUUUCUAAGGCAAAAAUCAAGAGUUUAG